UUGCGAAUCGGUGCAGACACAUUUGCAGUAACCGUCCGUUCCGACUCGGUGGUUUGGAGUGUGCGCGUUGGCCCAGUGUUGGUGCGGUGUGUUUGUGUUCCCCAUUGUUGCGGGGCCGUACCGCAGUGUUUAAGUAGCAGCAAAACAAGAGACAAUCUGUUCAAAAUGCACCGCUGGAGUUUGGUGGCGGUCCUGUGCAGCAGCGUGCUGCUUGCAUACGCUCCCUGCCUGGCCGACGGUUCGCACAAGAUGGAGGUCGUGAAGCAGUGGAACCUGCUCAACUACAACUUCCCAUGGGACUAUCCGGCCGCCAGCAAGGAGUACUACAACCCGGAAAAUGUCGUCGCCACCGGUCUGGAAGUGGGGUACGAUCGAAUUUUUAUUGCCACUCCACGCCUGUUCUCGGGCGUCCCGGCAACGGUUUCGAGCAUUCCGCGCGGCAACAACGGUGACUCACCGGUGCUGCAGGCCUACCCCGACUGGACGCACCACCGUGCCGCAACCAAGGAGUACAACUGCUCCGACAUUGGGCUCGUGUCGGUGUACCGGCUGCGUAUCGAUUCCUGCAACCGACUGUGGGCACUGGAUGCAGGUGUUUCGCGCUCGCUCGAAGACUUUGAGGUAACCUGCCCGCCAAAGAUUCUCGUGUACGAUCUGCACACCGAUCAGGUGGUGCGCCGUAUCGACUUUCCACCGGAGGUAGUGCGCCGCGAAUCGUUGUACACUAACUUGAUCGUGGACGAAACUACGUCCCGGCCGGAGAACAACUGUGACGAUGUGUUCGUGUACAUCACGGACACGGUUGCACCGGGUAUUGUUGUGUACGACAGUGGUAAAGAUCUGACCUGGCGUGUUAGCCAUCCGGCGAUGUAUCCCGAUCCGGACUUUGCGGAGUCAUCGAUUCUUGAGCACCGGUUUACGCUGAUGGAUGGUAUCGUGGGAUUGGCGUUCGACAUGGAGGCAGGCAUCGUGUACUUCCAGCCGUUAGCUACUGACCGCAUUUUCUCCGUGACUACUGCUGCACUCCGUGCUGGACCAUUACCGUUUGGAAAAGAUCUGCCCGUGAAGUUGGUAGGACGCAAGUCUUCCCAGGGUAUUGGACUGGGUGCUUCUCCCCGCGGUGGUACUAUCUUCUAUGCUCCGUUGUCCGAAACGGCCGUUGCAUCUUGGAAUCCACGAACGAACGAGCAUCAGAUCCUUGCGCAAGAUCAAGAGAAAAUCCAGUUUGCUGCCGAUCUUCGUACACCAGACCGCGACGCAACGGCUCUUUACGUGCUGACGUCCAAAUUCCAUCGGUUCUUCCUGAAAAACCUCGACGCCAAUGAGUUCAACACGCACAUCCUUCGCAUCGAUGGCGUGGCCAUUCCAAGCGGACAGCUAGCGGCCCAGAGCCACCUGCGGCCGACGAUUCCCUACGAUACGCUGCACGGAAACGCCUACUAUCAUCCAUCGGUCGUACUACCGGUACCGUACAAACCGCUGCCACCGGGACAAAGCAUUGCGUUGCCACCGGCAGCCACAACCUCCACGCCGGUCAGCGUGUUCAACGCACAAAAUAUGCCGUUCGGUCAUCAUGGGCUUUUCACCAAACAAUCAACAUUCGGACACAGUACCAUCCUUGGCCAGGGAAAACCAUCGCAACCAUUAUUUUCACUGAACAACGGUGAAAUGUCGUUCCCACCAUCAAACUUAGGUUCGCGGCCACAGUACGGCGCAAGUGGUGCACCGAUAUUCGUACCGAAAAUCAAUCAAAACUUCAACGAUCUGAACCUGUUGCGUUACAGGAAGAGUUUGCCGGUAAACCAGACGGCUGUGCACUGAGCACGCUGUGUCGAGCAUAUCGCACGAGUGAUAAGUUUGUAUAUAAGAUAAGUAAGAGGACGUUACACAAGGAGAGAUUUUACUGCAAUAGCUUUCGAAUCGGUGACAGACGCAAGUAUGGCAUUUGCCGGUACGACGAUGAUGCGACUAGUAAACAAAACAGCGCCAUUCAAACAGUAACACUGCCCAUAAUUGAUCUAAGGUUCCGCGACCGGAGCAGCGAAAUACUCAUCGUUAGGUAAGAUUACAACAUUUCUUUUGUAAAUUGUAUUUAAAGCUGAAGCUCAUGUUCUGCAAAAUAAAGCGAAUCAU